AUGGCUUCGACUGGGAUGAAUGUACUGGAACAUGCAACGAGGUUUGGGACCCUCAAACAGGUGCAAAAGUCCCUCUGUACCACCGAACGUCUUUCAGUACUUGUGGGAGGGACAAGCGUUCGUGGAUUUCUCCAUCUGCCGGCGGGCUAUCCAGAGAACAAAGACAGAGUGGCUGCUGCUGUGAUACUCCUUUCUGGGGCGGGCGGAGGCGUCGUUGGUCCUUCAUCAAUCUAUGUCUCCAUUGGAGACAAACUCGCCAGUCUUCGAAGGGGCAUGCCCGUGCUUCGACUGGAUUACCGCUAUCCUGCUCAUGACACCCCUUGCGCGGAAGAUGUGACUGCGGCAAUGAACCAUCUGGAGCAGAAAUAUUCUAUUCGCAAAUUCGUGUUGGUUGGCUGGUCAUUCGGAGGCGCGCCGGUCUUCACCGUAGGCGGACAAGAGAAGGAUCGUGUGGUAGCCUGCGCUACCAUUGCAAGCCAAACCGCAGGUACAAGUGGGAUCACGAAGCUGGCCCCAAGGCCACUGCUCUUGCUCCACGGUACCGGCGAUCGAACGUUGAGAUGGCACUGCUCACAGAGUCUCUACGAGUCAUAUGGCAGGAAGGGAGAUCGACAAUUGAAGCUCUUCGAGAACGAUGAUCAUGCGUUGACAAGGAAUGCGCUUGAGGCCGAGGAACUGUUAUGCGACUUCAUUGCGAACUGCCUUGGGCUGGAGAUAGCAAACGACGAACAAGAAAGAGUCAUUCAGAAGCCAUUGGUGGACGGCGGCGAAAGAGUCGAACUGAUGAAGAAGGGCGGAGAUCUGGAGGGCGAGAGCAUCGAGUAA